AAAUGAUUGGAGAUUGCUUACUUGAUUCAAGAAUGUAGAUGAUUGAAGAUGAAGAUGAUGAAGUUAGAAAUGAUGAGUUAAUUGAAUAAAGAGAGAAGGGUAGUUUGGGUAUUUAGGGUUUACAAAAAAUUUAAGGGGUGUGGGAAGUAAAUUGAGGGGUGUGGGAAGCAAAAGUGAAAUGAGAACCUAAGAUGAAAAUAAUGUGUGCGGCUUUGUUUGUUCUAUGAAGUACCUAAGACAACACCAAAAGUUUCCAACUUGAUUCACAAAACAAAGUAAAAAAAAACAUUGUAAUGAACCAAGUGAAGCAAAUUCAAUGUUACACCCUAAGAAAUGGCAUAGACAACACCAAAAUCCUCAUUGAGAAACUACUUCAAAUACCAAACCUACACUAUGCCCAAUUACUCUUGCACCAUUCCCAUAACCCAACUCUUUUCCUUUACAACAAACUCAUUCAAGCCUAUUCCUCCAAACACCAAAACCACCACCAAUGUUUCUUCCUUUACUCCCAAAUGCUCCUUCAUGGCCACUCACCAAACCAACACACUUUUAAUUUUCUCUUUAAAGCAGGUACCUCAGUUUCUUCAAUUUCCCUUGGCCAAAUGCUUCAUACCCAUUUCAUCAAAUCAGGUUUUAAACAUGAUGUCUUUGCUUCAACUGCUUUGCUUGAUAUGUAUGCGAAAUUGGGUUCUUUGAAACUUGCACGCCAUGUGUUUGAUGAAAUGUCUGUGAGAGAGGUACCCACUUGGAAUGCUAUGAUGGCAGGGUAUACUAGGUUUGGUGAUAUGGAAAGAGCAUUGGAGUUGUUUGGGUUGAUGCCGGCGAGGAAUGUGGUGUCGUGGACGACUGUUGUAUCGGGUUACUCGCAGAACAAACAGUAUGAGAAGGCUUUAGAGUUGUUUUUGAGGAUGGAAUGGGAGAAAGAUGUGAUUCCUAAUGAAGUGACAUUGGCUAGUGUUUUGCCAGCUUGUGCAAAUCUUGGGGCACUUGAGAUUGGUCAGAGGGUUGAAGCAUAUGCAAGGGAAAAUGGGUUGUUUAAGAAUUUGUUUGUAAGCAAUGCUGUGUUGGAGAUGUAUGCAAAAUGUGGUAAGAUUGAUGUUGCUUGGAAGGUGUUUGAUGAGAUGGGAAGAUUCAGAAACUUGUGCUCUUUUAAUUCAAUGAUAAUGGGUUUGGCUGUUCAUGGACAAUGUGAUAAGGCCAUUGAACUUUAUGAUCAAAUGUUGAGAGAAGGAACUUUGCCGGAUGACGUGACAUUUGUGGGGCUUCUCUUGGCAUGCACUCAUGGAGGCAUGGUUGAAACAGGAAAGCAUAUCUUCAAGUCAAUGACAAGAGACUUCAACAUUAUUCCCAAACUAGAACACUAUGGCUGCAUGGUUGAUCUCCUAGGCCGUGCCGGAAAAUUAUCAGAGGCUUACGAGGUUAUAAAAAGUAUGCCAAUGGUUCCAGACUCGGUAAUAUGGGGUGCUUUGUUGGGGGCUUGCAGUUUCCAUGGUAAUGUUGAGCUGGCUGAGAUAGCGGCUGAGUCUUUAUUUGUACUUGAGCCUUGGAAUCCAGGAAAUUAUGUCAUUCUUUCAAACAUUUAUGCAUCAGCCGGCCAAUGGAAUGGAGUUGCAAAGCUCAGGAAGGUGAUGAAAGGAGGAAAGAUUACAAAGGCAGCCGGACAUAGCUUCAUUGAAGAGGGAGGUCGACUGCAUAAGUUCAUUGUGGAGGAUAGAUCACAUUCAGAAAGUAACCAAAUUUUUGCUUUGCUAGAUGGAGUUUAUGAAAUGAUAAAGUUUAAUAAAAAUGCAUAUGAAUGCCAUUUGGAUUUUGAUUUGAUCAACCAAUCAUAGGGAGUAGGAUUCAUGGUGGAUACACCAAAAUGAAACCAUGAAAUUUUCAACCUACCCCAUUUUGGCCAAGCAAAUGAGUUGGCAUAAUGUUUAUAAUACUCACAAGUGCAAAUGAAAAAUAUUAGAAUUUAGAAUAUCCAUUAUUGUGCAGUCUUAGACUAUCAAGAGUAAUGAAUUUUAUUCUUGAAAAAAGAGUUAUAGGCCUGCUUAGCAGAUUUGACUCUUUCUGCAA